AAUGUGUUGAGUAACCAUAAACCGCUCGCGUGAACAAGAAACUUCGAGAGUUGGCAACCCUGGUUGACAGUCGGAUUAUUAACCUAUUAUUGAGAAUUGUAAUGUCGGAGUAUUGAUAUAAAUAAACUUAUUUUGUGUUACUAGUUUUUGAUUAUACUUAUAGUUGUUAGUUCUUAGAGGUAGCACAACUGGCGACGAGAAGUGGUUUACCUACUUACGCGCGUUAAAAAAGGGGGCAGUUCCGGAUGAAAAGCUUCCAGUAGACACAAGCAGAGGAAAAAAAUAAGAGACUGUUUCUUUAUAACCAUAAUAUUGUUUGUCACAAAUUGGUAAGUGAAUAAAAAUGAAAUUCAUAUUAGAUAACAACUUAUUAAUUUCACUAAGUCAAAAUUUAUUUAUCACAAAAUUUAAUGGAUUAUUAAUUAAGGCAUAUUUUCAAUAAUGACGAAUGAUUUUAUUGUAUGAUGUAAAUUAAAGUAAGAAUAAAAGGUAACGUUUAUUAUUAAUAAACAACACAAAUACAGAGAUUAUAUUAGAAAAGGGAUUUCUUUAUAAACUCAGCUGUCAGCUCUUACUCUCGACUACUAAUACAAGUGGACACGAUAACUAUAAAAACCAUCUAAACAUCUAGAUACAGUAUUACUUUUAGUAGUUAGUGUAUAUGUAGAUUUGCCAUUGUAUAUUCUACAGAUUUCAAAUGACUUGGCGAUUGCUUAUAUAAUCACAACAUUUAUUCUGUUUACAUCGCCCGGAAUUUUGAGCGGUGUUAUCGCAAGAAAAAAAGAGAUUUAAUUUAUGACCACAGUAUUUUUAUUCUAUAUAGUUUUAACUAACUGAUAAGUGGUUUUUUUUUAGGUUUGAUUAAGAUAUACUAUCAAUAUUGCCAUCUAUUAAUAAUAAUGAAUGUUUAACAAAACAUUCGCUUUAUUUUUGUUUAUAUUACGUAUUGUAUAAUAAUAUUAAUUUUAUUUUACUGUAAGUACAGGGAAAGUUAAUAAUAAGUUAAUUUCGAAUGAUUAAUUUGAUUUUCAGAUUAAUGAUGUCUGAAAGCAACAUCAGAUCAUUCCUGUGCGAUAACAUCGAUAAAGCUCUGAUUAGGGGAGAAUGGGAAAAAUGGUUACGAUCUCUAGAAUUAUAUCUGGCCUCCGAAGAUAUUACUGACUUCGCAAAGAAGAGAAAUAAACUUUUGCAUCUUGGAGGAGCUCAGCUGCAAGAAGUAGCCUAUAACAUCCCGGGGGCCAUCGAAACAUACAAUGAUAAAGAAAAUAAUGAUGUAUUUAAAAUCUUGGUUGAAAAGCUAACUGAUUAUUUUUCACCAAAACAGAAUUCGACUUUUGAACGGCACCUGUUCCGAAGCCUCAAACCAGAGCAGAGUGAAAGCUUCAAUAAAUUUGUUUUAAGAGUAAGACACCAAGCCACCAAGUGCUCGUUUGGAAACUCUGCUCAAGAAGCACUAGAAAUUAACGUUAAAGAUAAGAUCAUCGACAGCUGGGCUCCUACUGAAUUGAAAAAGAAAUUGUUGGAAAAAGAAAGAUCGUUAGAUGAAAUCAUAGAAGUUUGCAAUGUCCACGAACAAAUUGGAAACCAAUCUAAAGCUAUGGAUUCUAUCACAGCCGGCCCUAGUACUUCUUUUGCUAUUAAUAAAAUUCAAUCUAGCAACAAAAACAAUUCUAACCAGUGCACGAGAUGUGGAAAAUUCCGUCAUUUAAAUAAAGAUUGUCCUGCUAUCGGCACCAAAUGUCACAAGUGUGGAUUUAUUGGCCAUUAUGCAUUCAUGUGCAAAACGAGAAUAGGAACAAAGCGUUUCAGUAAUAAUACGACACCAUCAUACCAGUCUCAUAACAAACGUAGAAGACCAGGAUCUAAAAUAAAUUUUAUUGAAGGUGAGAACGAAGAAACAGAACAGACAGAAGCCAUUCGAGAUUUUGAAUGUUUCAAGAUCUCGGGACACUAUAAAGAAGAAAAUAACGAUGAUCUCAUAGAGUGCAGCUUAGGAGGGGUGCCAGUAACUUUACUAAUAGACUCAGGAUCCACCGUUAAUAUUGUGAAAGGAGAUGACUGGAAGAUCCUUACGAAACAAAACGCUGUUUUGUGGGAUAUUGACCCACAACCUCAACAUAACCUGAAAGGGUACGCAUCAGGGAAGCCAUUAGAUGUACGGCAUACAUUCCAGUCAACAAUCGCAUUACAAGCAGGUGAAGAAAUCAUAACAUCUUUCUAUGUCGUAGAUCAAGGGGACAUCUCUAUAUUAGGAAAAGAUACCGCUAAACAGUUAGGAAUUUUAAAGUUGGGCAUAAACAUAAAUCAAAUUGAAAUGUCAAAACCAUUUCCUAAAAUUAAGAAUAUUAAAAUUAAACUGACAAUUGACCCCCAUGUGAAACCAGUACGGCAACCAGUAAGAAGAGUGCCCAUUUCAGUCGAAAAGCAAGUUGAGAAGAAGCUCGAAGAGGCAUUGCUUUCUGACAUAAUAGAGAAAGUGACCGAACCAAGUGCAUGGAUCUCACCAAUAGUUAUUAUAUUCAAACCAAAUGAUGACAUCCGCAUAUGUGUAGAUAUGCGGCGAGCGAACGAAGCAAUUAUAAGAGAAAAUUAUCCUUUACCGACUUUUGAAUCCUUCAUGACCAAGCUAAGAGAUGCUAAAUACUUUUCACGAUUAGAUUUAACAAAUGCCUACCACCAACUGGAGCUUGACGAGGAAAGUCGUCCGAUCACAACGUUCAUAAGCCACAAAGGCAUGUUUCGUUAUAAACGUUUAAUGUUUGGCGUAAAUUCAGCACCCGAAAUUUUUCAGCGGGUAUUCGAAGAAAUGCUGUCCUCUUGUAGGAACUGUCUUAAUUAUCUAGACGAUGUGAUUAUUUAUGGUAGUACAGAAUUUGAACAUGAUAUUUGCCUAAAAAAGGUAUUAGACGUAUUUUCAACAAAUAACGUGCUAUUAAACGAAGCAAAGUGUGCCAAGAAAGUACAAGAACUUUACUUCCUGGGACAUAAGCUUUCUAGUAAAGGCAUUGAAGCGGAUCAGUUGAAGAUACAAACUGUUUUAGACUUUCGACCACCCAGAACAAAGGAAGAAACAAGGAGUUUCUUGGGACUUGUCACUUACCUUGGGAAAUUUAUACCGGAUCUGGGCACCACAACAGAGCCCCUUCGACAACUAACGAGAGAAAAUCAGAGCUUUGAUUGGUCAAAAGCUCAGCAGGAGAGUUUCGAAAAACUCAAAGACUUACUAGCAAGCCUUCCAACUUUAUCCUAUUUUGACCCCAAAUUAAGAACACGAUUAGUAGCCGAUGCUAGUCCGGUGGCAUUAGGAGCAGUCUUACUCCAGUUCAACAAAAAAGAGGAGCCACAAGUAAUAUCUUUUGCUAGCAAAAGUCUCUCUUCAGUAGAAAGGAGGUAUUCUCAAACGGAGAAAGAAAGCUUGGCACUUGUCUGGGCAGUAGAGCGUUUUUACUAUUACCUAUCUGGUUUGGAAUUCGAAUUAGUUACAGACCAUAAACCAUUGGAAGCAAUAUUUAAACCAUCGUCGAAGCCACCAGCCAGAAUCGAAAGAUGGGUUCUAAGACUUCAGUCAUUCAAAUUCAAAAUUGUAUACCAAUCAGGGAAACAAAAUAUAGCCGAUUCAUUAUCCAGACUAUGCCAAAUAAAAAAUGAACCGCCAUUCGAUAAAGAAAAUGAACACCAUAUUUUCACCGUGAUAGAAAGAAAUUCACCGCAAGCUAUUAAAAUAUCACAGGUAGUAGCAGAAAGUCAGCUUGAUGGCCAAAUAACCGAAGCAGUAAACAAAAUAAACAAGGAAUGUUGGGAACCGACAGACAAAAAUAUUUUCUAUCCAUUCCGUUUGGAAUUAACAACAGUGGGACACGUCAUUUUACGAGGUAAUAGAUUAGUGAUACCUGAGUCCUUAAGGGAACAGGUACUACGACUAGCACAUGAGGGUCAUCCGGGGGAGACAGUCAUGAAAAGAAGACUAAGAGCUAAAGUUUGGUGGCCUCUCAUAGACAAAGCUGCCGAAAAAUUUGUCAAAAAUUGUCGCGAUUGCUUGUUAGUUAGCUUACCAGAUAAACCACCCCCAAUGACAAGGCACAAAUUCCCAGAGGGACCAUGGCAAUGCGUCGCAAUAGAUCUCAUGGGACCUUUACCGAAUCACGAACAACUUUUGGUUAUUGUGGACUACUAUUCAAGAUAUCAAGAGAUCAUUUUUCUCAAAAGUACGACGUCUUCAGUUAUAAUCAACCAUUUGACGGAAAUAUUUUCCCGGUUAGGAAUACCAAGAUCUAUAAGAGCAGACAACGGACCUCAGUUCACUAGCCAAGAAUUUAAGAACUUUUGUUUACAUAACAAUAUAGAUUUAAUACAUACACCGCCAUAUUGGCCUCAGGCGAAUGGAGAAGUUGAAAACAUGAAUAGAGCUAUUUUAAAACGUCUCCAGAUUUCACACACAAACAAAUUAAAUUAUAAAACUGAGCUACAUAAAUUUACAAUGAUGUAUAACGCUACGCCUCAUGGAACUACUGGAAAAGCACCCUCAGAAUUAUUAUUUAACAGGAUAAUUCGCGAUAAACUUCCAUCGGUAGCAGACUUAGUUAAUGAGCCAGGAGACGAAGAGGCCUACGAUAAUGAUUUGCUGAAUAAAAACAAAGGGAAAGAAAAAGAAGACAAGGCUAGACACGCGAAAAUAAUGGACAUAAGAGAAGGAGACAAAGUUUUAAUUCAGAACAUGAUAAUUCCACAUAAACUCACUACCCGGUUUAAUAAUGAGGAGUUUACUGUGAUUGAAAGAAAAGGAAAUGAGGCUACAUUGUCUGGACAAGAUGGCCAAAUCUUAAAACGACAUGUAAGUCAUUUGAAGAAAUUGACAGAACCAUCAAUGAAAGAUAAACAUGAUAAAAUGAGAAAUGUAAUAACCCAAUCGUCGAUUCCUAACCCUCUUUCAACAGAUCCAUCAACCGCCCAACUUACCGGACCAAAUAAGGAACCAACAGCAUCGGACAAGUUACCCCCGCUGAAAUUGAAAAAGAUGGAGGGAUUGUGGCAAUGUGUUGAGUAACCAUAAACCGCUCGCGUGAACAAGAAACUUCGAGAGUUGGCAACCCUGGUUGACAGUCGGAUUAUUAACCUAUUAUUGAGAAUUGUAAUGUCGGAGUAUUGAUAUAAAUAAACUUAUUUUGUGUUA